AUUAAAUUUGUAGGUGUGAAACGUUUACAUUGCUUAAUAUCUGAAGUUCUGAACGUCGACUUGUCGACGAGUAAAACUGAAGUUGUGUGUGCAUUAAAUAGGUCGACCAAUUAAUUGAAAUUUCAAUCAUGCUACAAAAGACGCUAUUUGAAUUUUGUGUUGAUAGCAUUAUAGAAGAAAUGGAACGUGGAUGGGGGCAAAAAUCGAGUAAGGUCUCGGAUGUCGUCAAUCCAGAGGUUUCAUUGAAUCCCUUCGAACAUUUACCCACGGCGAUUUUAGAAGAAGUAGUUCGUAUUCUUAGGAAAAAAGAAUUACUGGAAAAAUAUCUUAGAUGGAUUAUUCUUCCACAACUUCACUCUUUAGAUCUAUCGUUAGAAGGUUGUGAAGACAGAAACAAGCCUGUUGAAAAGCAAAUGUUUGAACACUUAAAGUGUGCUUCCCUCAAAUGCUCAAUGCUGAAAAAUUUGAAACUAACUCACAAUGUGCUUAAUGAGGAGAAUUUAAUUGGAUUCCUACCCACAUUCAAAAAUUUGCAAGUAUUAGAUCUUGCAUGGACCUCUGCAGGAGACAAUUGCAUGUGGGCUCUGGGAACUCACUGUAAAUAUUUGAGAAUUCUGAGUUUACUUUGUUGUGAAGUUACGGAUUUUGGAAUCCAAGGAUUAUGUCUUGAUUACAUUGAAAAAGAAGAUGAUGAAGAUAAGCGAAUUUCUAAAGCAGGUGAUCUUGAAUGGCAAGAAAACUGCGCACCUCCUCGACUUAGCAACUCAUUGGAAAUACUACAUUUGAAUGGAACAAAUGUUACUGAUAAAGGACUUCAAGAGGCUCUUCGGAAACUACGGUCUUUGAAGAUAUUAGGUCAUGAAUCUACCGUGGGAGUACUCGGCGAAAUGCAUCGAGAAGAUUGGGAAAACAGUGAAAAAAGGAACAAAAUUCCAAAAUACGCUUUGUCCAAGAUUCUUUUUGAUAUCAGAAAUGAGCAAACCUCAAUUGAUCGUCUUCAGAGAGUGGUGUCCCUAUGUCCUUCAAUUACCGGGUUAUGGUUUUCGGGAAGAGCAUACAUGUAUAACGCUAAUUUUGAUGGCAUCAUGAUUCCGAUUGUUAACAUGAUUGGGAAUUCGCUUAAAGAGUUUUCGCUUUAUUUUGUUAAUAGUUUCAAGUUAUGCACCAUUAUCGAUUGUUGUCCUAAUCUACGCAAACUCACGCUUUAUAAAAGUGGUGGCAAAACUGGGCCUAUUGUUGAAACAAAGAAAUACUCUAAUAUCCAUGAAAGAAAAACACUGGGAAAACUUCAAGAACUAACACUACGAGCUACUAAGAUCUCAACCGAUGACUUAAUCACACUCAUGUCGUCGUCUUCCCUGAAAUCUAUUGAACUCGAGAAAUGCGAAACUUUCAACGACGACAUCCUACAGCAGGCAUAUGAUCAGCACUCAUUUCCUAACCUUGAAUACUUGGAAUUAACCAAAUGCCAUUUCGUGACUGAAAGAGGGAUAAAUUUGUUGUUGAAGGAGAGAACUCCGUUAAAAAAUAUCAAAAUCAUCAUAGAUUAGCAAAAGUAUACAAAAGAUAUAAAGUAGAAGAUUGGAAUUUGCAAAUGAAUCUGAAAAACCGGCAAUUGGACGAAUUUUUAGUGUGCCAGAUGUAAUUCACCCAUUUUCGAAGUCAUGAUCAUUACCAACGCCUAUUUAACGAAUCCAGAAACACUUGUCUGAUUAGAAAUUGUGUCGUUCACCUCCGUUGCUUUGUCCAAACACUACUGUACUUCUGUGACAAUACAAAAGGAUGA